GUUCUGACUGCGAAGCUUGGAGGGUUACCGGGCGAGAGCAAGAUCCUGAUCCUUUUACCGUCUUGGUUUAUUAGGGUUCCGGAUCUGUUCUGUUGGUGCCGCUUGAUUCGCUUGACGAGAGAGAGAGAGAGAGAGAGAGAGAGAGAGAGAGAGAGAGAGAGAAGGAAUUACCAAUAAAGGAGAAAAAGAAGGGAGGGGAGAGUAAGAACGAACAGAUGUCUGCUCGGCCCCAGUUCACGAUCACCCUGGGCCGAAGCGGUCAGGUUGUUAAGAGAGCAAGACCUAUAUCUGAUGGCAGUCAUUGUGAUGAUGACAUGCCCUCCUUAGCAUCCAAGCUAUCAGUGAGAGAAAGGUUGGAGAACAACAUGGCCAAUAGCAGUUGUUAUGGGAGCCAGUAUGAAAACAAACGUCAGAGAACAGAUGAUCAUGAUUCAAGAUUCAUGAAUAAAAAUCCGAGGGACAAGCAUAUCAAAUCUAAUCAUCAGGUUCGUAGAGAUGAUCUGAGAUGGAAACUUAUUAAUAAAAGCUUAUCUCGAAGAAGACAUCCUGUUGCUGAAGGACAAUAUGAUGUUGACCUACGUGAAAAGCUUUCUCAGAAUACACGUGCUUCUCGCGUAUCUGAUCCUCGGCAACAUACAAUAGAAUCAAGAACCUCUGGCUUUGGAAGGAGAAUACCUUCUACAAGAAGUGCAGAUGAUUUACUUGAAUUGGAUUCACAUAGGAAGUCAUAUUCUUGGACUUUGGAUCAGCAGAGGCGUAAUUCUCCAGAUAGGCUUAUUAGCGCUCCAAGGCGUAUCUCUCCUUCAAGAAGAUACGAGGAACUGAAGCACACAUCUGUGAUAAGAUCUGUUGAUGCUUCCAGAACUAGUUUUCUAACAAACAGUGGAGUAGGUGAUUCUUCUAGAUCUUUUGCUUUUAUGACUAAAAACACUUCUGCCGAUGCAGUCAAGCCAGUUGUCCGAGCUCCUGUACCAGGGGAUAUUGGGCAAAGAAUUGUACUUAAGCCUGAGGAACCUCUAACAGUUUCUGGCUUACUACACUCAUUAGGUCUUGGAAAAUAUGCCGUACUAUUUCAGGCAGAAGAGGUGGAUAUGACUGCGCUGAGGCAGAUGGGAGACAAUGACCUCAAAGAAUUGGGAAUUCCCAUGGGCCCUAGGAAGAAAAUCCUUCUUGCAGUGUUAUCUCAAGCAAGACAUCCACAACGGCAACGGUGAGAAAACCAAAUGCCAGUUGAUUUUGGGUUUGUUUUUGUUAUGGCAAUUGAGACACCAAAUUGUAGGAUCUUAUCCUCAAUUAACGCUUAUAUUCAUACCCAUCUAUGGAAUCUAAUGUUCUCAGAUGAUUAAACCUUUCAUUCAUCAGUGGCAAUUGAAAGCUUUUUCAAA